GGCCAUCUGCGCGUGGGUGCUUUGACUGAAUACUUUUCUUUGGUACUUUCUUAAGUGAGUGCGUCACCUGUCAGCACCUUUGUGGUAAUAGCGCAUUUGCGUCUUUACGCACGGACGAAGCUCUCUUCUGAUUUUAUUGGCUGCCCACCAGGCUUGUUUUCUUGGCUUGUAAUGUUUUUGCAAACUCAAGUGAAGUCAGAAAAAAAAAGCUAUCUGUAGUGAUGUUCCUGCCCUUUCCUGUGUAAGGCUCCACCUAUUUCAACAGCACACUUGUCGCCGAGCCUCUGACCUGGCCUCCGCGUCUCGUCUCGUCUCUUCCCAGGUUACACUUGAAUAACGGGAUAACAACACUGUCGGACGAGAGGAAGGCUUCCCCGGCUGUGGACCAGGACUUCACAUCAUGUGUGGGACUCCACCAUGGCUGCUGGCCUCUCUGGCCUUUGCCUGUGUGACUUCUCUGGUUGACAGCUCUCCACUGAAGGUGAUGUCUGCCCCAAACGUGCUGCGUGUGGGAACAACAGAGAACAUCUUUGUGGAGUGUCAAGACUGUACAGGGGGAGACAUACAGGUUUACAUCAACGUGACAAACCAUCCAACCAAGACCAGGGAGCUGGUGUACACAUCUGUGACCCUUAACAGUGCAAAUCACUUCCAGGCAUUCGGACAAAUAAAAAUCCCCGCUGAAGAGUUUAGCAGGGAUCCCACCGUGAAGCAGUAUGUCUACCUGCAAGCUCAUUUUCCUGACGACCUGCUGGAGAAAGUCGUCCUUGUGUCCUUCCAGUCCGGCUACAUCUUCAUCCAGACUGACAAGAGCCUCUACACCCCCAGCAGUAAAGUUCUUUACAGGAUGUUUGCAGUGACACCUCGCAUGGAGCCCAUUGAGAGUGAUGGAAACAAUUUUAAGGAUUCUUUCAUUGACAUUGAGAUUAUGACUCCUGACGACAUAACUUUACCUGUUGGUUCAAUCUCUCCAACAUCGGGGAUCUACUUUGGUGUUUUCCAACUUGAAGAAAUUUUCAGUCCUGGAGUCUGGAAAGUGGUGGCCAAAUUCCAAAAGAACCCACAGCAGAGCUACACUGCAGAGUUUGAGGUCAAGGAAUAUGUGCUGCCGAGUUUUGAGGUGAAGUUGAUGCCUGUGAGCUCCUUCUUCUAUAAGGACAGUCCAGAGCUCACUGUCAACAUCAAAGCUACGUAUCUGUCUGGUCAAGGUGUGUCGGGCACAGCACAAGGGAUAUUUGGGGUUGUGCUUGAAGGUCAGAAGAGGAGCUUUCCAAAUUCUGUUCAGAGAGUAGCGGUUGAAAAUGGUGCUGGAGUGGUCAAACUGACGAGGGAACACAUCACACAGACCUUCCAAAAUAUCGACAACCUUGUGGGGAGUUCCAUAUUUGUAGCAGUCAGUGUGCUGACAGACAGUGGUAGUGAAAUGGUGGAGGCAGAGUUGAGAGGCAUCCAGAUCGUUACAUCCCCCUACACCAUUCACUUCAAGAGAACGCCCAAAUAUUUCAAACCAGGAAUGCCCUUCCAUGUUUCUAUUGAAGUUGUGAAUCCAGAUGAAACUCCAGCACAAGGUGUUGCAGUGGUGGUGAGUCCAGGUGAUGUGAGGGGUUUGACUGCAGCUGAUGGCCUUGCAAAGCUUCCCAUCAAUACAGAGGCAAGAGCAUCAGAUCUGAGAAUCACUGCAAAAACCAGUGAUCCUCGUAUUUCACCGGAAAGACAAGCAUCAGCCACCAUGGUAGCUCUUCCGUAUAAAACUAAAAGUUACAGCUACAUCAACAUAGUUGUGCAUACAGCAGAGGUUGAGUUAGGAGACAAUCUGAGGAUCUACCUCUACUUUAACAGGGAGUCAAAUCAAGACACUGAUAUCACAUACCUGAUCUUGAGCAGAGGUCAGUUGAUCCGACAUGGCCGUUACAGGACAAGAGUACAAGUAAUAAUUUCCCUGACCGUUCCCAUCAUCAAAGACAUGCUGCCAUCAUUCCGCAUCAUAGCCUACUACCAUCCAAAUGACAAUGAAGUGGUAUCAGACUCUGUCUGGGUGGAUGUCAAGGACUCCUGCAUGGGCUCGCUGAAGUUAGAACCAUUGAGACCUACUGCAUCCUAUAGGCCUCGAAGUACGUUUGGUCUGAAGGUUACUGGAGAUCCAGGAGCCGCAGUUGGACUGGUGGCAGUUAACAAAGGAGUCUCUGUCCUGAAUAACAAGCACCGCCUCACCCAGAAAAAGGUGCAGGAGAUCGUGGAGAAAUUUGACACAGGCUGCACCCCUGGUGGAGGAAAGGAUGGUAUGAAUGUGUUCUACGAUGCUGGCCUGUUGUUUGAGUCCAGCACAGCUUCUGGAACUCCUUACAGACAAGAACUAAAAUGUCCAGCCCCCAGCAAAAGGAGAAGAAGAAACACUAUUAUGGACGUCACAACCAGCUUAAUAAGUCAGUAUAAAACUCAUCUUCAACGUGAGUGUUGUUUUGAGGGCAUGAGGGAAACCAAGCUUUCAUACACCUGUGAGAGGCGCAGUGAGUACAUCUUUGAUGGUCUAGAAUGUGUUCAGGCCUUCGUGCACUGUUGCAAUGAGAUGACACACCAGCGAGCUGAGAAGAAAGAGGACCAACUCCAAGUGGCUCGCAGUGAGCUUGAGAUCAACAGUUACAUGGACAGCAAUGAGAUAGUGUCUCGCACUCAGUUCACUAAAAGUUGGCUGUGGAUAGACAACGUUCUGCUCUCUUGUCCUCAACACACACCCAACUGUGCAACCUCAUCAUUGAUGAAAAACGUUACUUUACCAGACUCAAUCACAACAUGGCAGUUCAUUGGCAUUAGUCUGUCAACAACCCAUGGAAUCUGUGUCAGUGAACCGUUAGAAGUGAUUGUCAGGAAGGACUUCUUCAUUGACCUUAGACUGCCCUACUCUGCUGUCCGUGGAGAGCAGCUAGAAAUUAAGGCAAUCCUCCACAACUACAGCCCCGAUCUUAUCACUGUGUGUGUGGAUCUGACUGAGACGGAGCAUGUAUGCAGUGCGGCGUCAAAAAAUGCAAGAUAUCGUCAGGAGGUCAGAGUCGGGCCCCUGACUACACGAUCAGUUCCCUUCAUCAUUAUACCCAUGAAGUACGGACAAUUCGACAUUGAGGUCAAAGCAGUCGUGAAGGACUCGUUGCUCCUCCAAGAUGGAGUCAUGAAGAUGCUGCGGGUGGUGCCUGAAGGUGUACUAAUUAAGUCUGUACAGACUAUAAUUCUAGACCCCUCACACAAAGAUGCCGGAGGUAAACAAGAAGUCAUCCUCAAUAGUGGAAUUCCAAAGAAAGACUGGGUUCCUAACACACCUACAAGCACACAGAUCUCUGUGACAGGGAGUGAAGUUGGUCCAUUGGUGGAGAACGUGAUUAGUGGGAAAUUGAUGGGUUCAUUGAUCAAGCAGCGAAGCGGCUGUGGAGAGCAGAGCAUGAUCUACAUGAGUCUAUCUGUCAUCGCAACCAUGUAUUUGGACAAAACUAACCAGUGGGAAACUGUGGGCUUUCAGAAACGAAAUGAGGCCCUCCAGCAUAUCAAGACCGGCUACAAGAAUGAGCUGGCCUACCGACUGAAAGAUGGAUCUUUUGCAGUGUGGACCAGGGCCAAGAGUAACACCUGGCUCACAGCUUAUGUGGUCAAGGUGUUUGCCAUGUCCUACAACCUGGUGGAAAUGCAGAAGAAUGUGAUCUGUGACGCUGUCAAGUUUCUGAUUCUCAAUGCACAGCAACAUGAUGGCAUGUUUAGAGAAGUCGGAAGGGUGAUCCACGGAGCGAUACGUUAUGGUGCAGAUUCAGAUGCCUCCAUGACGGCCUUCUGCCUCAUCGCCAUGCAGGAGUCACGCCAGCUAUGUGCUGACACAGUUAGUAGUCUGCCUGGAAGUAUUGACAAAGCCGUGGCCUACCUGGAGAAGCGUUUGCCCAGACUCACCAACCCAUAUGCUGUAGCCAUGUCAUCAUACGCUCUGGCCAACCAAGACAAACUGAACAGAGAGAUCCUGUACAAGUUUGCUUCCCCAGAGUUGUCCCACUGGAAUGUUCCUAAAGGACGUGUUUAUACAUCAGAGGCCACAGCUUAUGCUCUUCUUGCUCUGGUCAAAGCCAAGGCCUUUGAAGAUGCUAGACCUAUUGUGAGAUGGUUCAACAAACAGCAGAAGGAUGGUGGAGGCUAUGGCUCAACUCAGGCUACGAUGAUAGUGUACCAGGCUGUAGCAGAAUACUGGGCUAAUGCUAAAGAACCAGAGUAUGAUCUGAACGUGGACAUCCAUUUGCCUGGCAGGGCCAAGCCAGAGAAGAUCAACUUCAACAGGAACAACCACCACACGACCAGAACAUCAAAAUUCAAUGAUAUAAACCAGGAUGUUAAAGUGACUGCGACAGGAACUGGAGAAGCAACACUGAAGAUGGUGUCACAGUAUUACGCUCUGCCGAUGGAAAACGAGAGUGACUGUCAGAAGUUUAACUUGUCAGUGGAGCUCAUCCCAGAGAAAAUGGAUGAGGAUGAGGCGAUAUACAAACUGAGAAUAGACGUUUUAUAUAAGGACAAGGAUCACGAUGCAACUAUGUCAAUCUUGGAUAUUGGCUUACUAACUGGCUUCACUGUCAACACAAAUGACCUGGACUUAUUGGCCAAAGGACGCGCCCGUACCAUUGCAAAAUAUGAGAUGGACACAGUUCUGUCAGAGAGAGGUUCACUGAUCUUCUACCUGGACAAGGUUUCUCACACACGAUCAGAGAAGAUCACUUUUAGGAUCCACCAGACUCUGAAAGUGGGCGUCAUGCAACCAGCGGCUGUGUCUGUCUAUGAAUAUUAUGACCAAACACAAUGUGUGAAAUUCUACCAUCCAGAGAGGAAAGCUGGGCAGCUGCUGAGGUUCUGUAGAGAUGGAGAAUGCACAUGUGCUGAAGAGAACUGCAGCAUGCAGAAGAAGGGUAAAAUCAGCACUGAGGUGCGCACAGCUAUAUUCACUGAGACUUCACCCACCAGCAAAAUAGUUUUUGCUUACAAAGUGAGACUGGAAGAAUUCAUCGAUGGUUUGACUGCUGAUAUUUACACAAUGCAGAUAAUGGAAGUGAUCAAAGACGGAACUCAUGAUGUUGGUCCCCUGGGUAAACUACGCAAAUUCCUCAGUUACCCUCACUGCAGGGAGGCUGUAGAUCUGGUUAAAGGCAAAACGUAUCUCAUCAUGGGCACAUCAGAGGAUAUUCACAAGGACCAACCGGAUCAGUAUGUGCUCAGCAAGGGAACCUGGAUCGAGUACUGGCCCACAGACGCAGAGUGUGGAACAGAUGAACACAGGCCAACAUGUUUGGGCCUGGAGGGGUUGGUCGCCGUGUAUUAUAUUUCGUGGUAGAGCAACUCCAGAAAAGGAACUUUCCUUUUCUCCUUUUUUUUGUAUUUUAGCAUUUUUUCAUGCAACUCUUAUAAGAUCAAGGUUCAAUGUGUCUUUAUUAUCCCUGAGGGGCAAUUUGGGUUACAGCUAGCAUUCACAUAUUUACACAUAUGACAUAUAAAAUAAUUAGUACCACAUCACAAGUAACAAUAUUAAACACAACAAUAGAACAAGUGUGAUAUUUGAUUCACUAUUAAAGAGACUGAUUGCUGUAGGAAUAAAUGAUGAUUUAAACAUGUUAGUUCUGCGCAUGUUGUGGCAGAGAAGUAUGUUAGACUGGUGCAGGACAUGUAUGCCAACUGUGAGACAGCGGUGAGGUGUGCUGUAGGUGUGACGGAGAAGUUCAAGGUGGAGGUGGGACUACAUCAGGGUUCGGCUCUGAGGUCCCUUCUUGUUUGCGGUGGUGAUGAACACACUGACAGAUGAGGUUAGACAGGAAUCUCCAGGGACUAUGAUGUUUGCAGAUGACAUUGUGAUCUGUGGUGAGAGCAGAGACCAGGUGGAGGAAAAGCUCGAGAGGUGGAGAUUAGAGGGAUAGUGAGUAUAUUGGUAGAAGGAUGCUGGGUUUGGAACUGCCAGGCAGGAGGUCUAGAAAAAGACCAAAGAGAAGGUUUAUGGAUGUAGUGAAAGAGGACAUGAAGUUAGUUGGUGUGAGAGAGGGAUACAGAGAACAGGGUGAGAUGGAGGAGGUUGAUUCGCUGUUUUUGUUUUUUUUAAGCACCUGACCUGAUAUAGCUGAGGUCAUUCAGUGCUAUUCUUGCAAUUUUACUGCACACUUUCACGAUGCCCUUUAGGCAUUUUUUGAUUACUUAAAAGAAGGUGACCCUUUAAAGAAAGUAAUGUAAGAGAUUGAAACGCUGUGACACUGUGGAAUAAACAAUAAAGUCUUCA